UAUCUGAACGUCGAAAAUUACGCAAGAUUGUGAAGCAAGUUUUCAUCAGAACAAACGGCGGUUUUUAACAUUUUUGUUUGGAUUUUUAUAUAUUGCCGAUUGGAUAAUAGAUCUGAAGUGCGCGAGGCCGAAGCGUGUGCUCACAGCUCGCCUCAGCGGAGAUCCCCGCCAAGCGCAACAGCCGGCCGCCCUUGGCCGCGUCGCCAAUCCGCCGCGCCGCCGCGUCCGUGAGGUCAGUGCGCGUGCCGACGCCAAGCGAGCAGCAUGUGUGCGCCCACGACGCUGCUUUUGUUGUGGUGCGUGUGCGCGACGUCGUUCGGAGGGGCGAGCGGCGACGUCACCAAGUCCUCGGCGCCCAUCGUCGUCCAGGCCCUCAACCCCACGGGCCUCCGCAUCUCCGUGCCAGAUUCCCCUGGCACCGAUGUUGUCAUCAUCAACGCUAACGUCAACAUACCCAUCGUCCAGAGAGAAACUGGGCAAGUGACAGGAAGCGUUCUGGAGGCAAGAGAUGGGUUUUGGACAUUGGAAGCAAAGGAUAUAACACUGAAACCAGGCGAUGUUGUCUUCUACUGGGCUUACGUAACGAAGGGUGAAAAUGGGGAACGCCGAGAAGGACAUCAAGCGAUUCACGAACUGGUGGAAUCGAAUUGUCGCCCUUCUGCAACUUCAUACAACAAUGGUAGAACUGCAUGUGCUGGGAAAUUGCUAUUGGAAGAAAAUUUCAACUCUUUAAACUUAUCUCUGUGGAAACAUAGAAUACAAUUUUCCGAUGAUCCGGACUUAGAUUUUGCUACAUAUGUUGAUAACCCGGAAAACAGCUUCGUGAAAGAUGGAAAGCUUCACAUCAAAGCAACUGUACUGACUGAAGAUGAACUUCUUGUUCACACCAAAUUAGAAAAGUGCACAUGGACCCGCGGUGGGGAACGGUGGUGUGAGCGGAAACCGAGAGGCUGGGACAUUCUACCUCCCACACGCUCAGCGAUGUUAACAACCAAAGACACUUUUAGCUUCAAGUUCGGGCGCCUUGAAAUUCGCGCCAAGACAGCGGCUGGCGAUUGGCUGUUGUCGCUAGUGUCUGAUGAAGUGACUUAUUGUUAUCGAUCUCGUGAAGUGAAGGUAGACAUUGUGCAGCCGUACGCGUCGGGGCGGGUGGAGGCGCUGCGCUCGCGAGGCAACCCGGAAGCGUUCGAGCCGUCGGGCUGGAAGCUCGGCGCCCUGCUCAACGACCCGCAGAUCGACAUUCAGACGUGCUCUCGCACGCUCUACAUCCACAAGAAUUGUCCCUUCCACCCCGGGAAACGCUAUUCUGACGAAAUGCACGUCUUCGUCGUUCAUUGGACUCCCGGACUCCUCUUAGAACCACUGGCCGAGGUGUACGGACGCGCGCCCGCUGAAUCGGGCAAAGUGCUGAUUUCCAAAAUCAGGGGCAACGCGAAUUUGGUGGAGCCAAGCGGAUUGGACGCCGGCGCUAGGUUCAGCGUCUUGCAGGCCGAUAUCUCCACGUGUCACCGGACAUUGUUCAUUUUCAAAGGCUGCGAACUCAAUGGCAAAAAGUACUCCGACGAAAUGCACCUAUACUCCGUCAUUUGGACCCCCGAGUCUCUCAAAAUAAGACUGGAUGAUUGCGAACAUGAAGUAAAACCCCCACAUGGCAGUUUUCUGAAGCAUGGAUACUUCAAAGACAAUUGUGAAAAUAGUCCAUGGGAAAAGGGUACACAUUUAGUACCUUUUGAUCAAGAGUUUUAUGUCACCCUCAGUCUCGUUCCGGGAGGAUUUGGUUUGCACGACGACAAGGCCAAAACUGACGGUCGACCAAAGUCAGAUGUUUACGUUGACAAAGAUCCUAGGUCAGUAGUCUCUUUACAUUCUUUAUAUUGUAUUUCAGGCCCCUCUGAACUUUUGGAGGACCAGAGAAAUAUGGCUACCGACAUGGAAAUCAGACUUAGAAGUGGAUUAUGUGAAACAAACCCUGUGCGUGUAGAUUCCGCUGGCACCGAUGUUGUCAUCAUCAACGCUAACGUCAACGUACCCAUCGUCCAGAGAGAAACUGGGCAAGUGACAGGAAGCGUUCUGGAGGCAAGAGAUGGGUUUUGGAUGCUAGAAACAAAGGAUAUAACACUGAAAAUCGGCGACGUUGUGUUCUACUGGGUUUACACAGCGAAGGGGGACAAAGGUGAACGCCGAGAAGGACAUCAAGCGAUUUACGAACUUGUAGAACCGAGUUGCCGCCCUUCUGUAACCACAUACAAUGGAAGAACUGCAUGUGCUGGUCAGUUGUUAUUGGAUGAGAAUUUCAACUCGUUAAACCUAUCACUUUGGAAACAUAGAAUACAAUUUUCCGAUGAUCCACACUUAGAUUUUGCUACAUAUGUUGAUAACCCGGAAAACAGCUUUGUAAAAGAUGGAAAGCUUCACAUCAAAGCAACUGUACUGAAUGAAGAUGAACUUCUUGUACCUACGAAAUUGGAAAAGUGCACGUGGACCCGCGGAGGGGCAGAAUGGUGCGAGCGGAAUCCGAAGGGCUGGGGCAUUCUACCUCCCACUCGCUCAGCGCAGUUAACAACCAGAGACAAUUUUAGCUACAAGUUCGGGCGCCUUGAAAUCCGCGCCAAGGCAGCGGUGGGCGAUUGGCUGAUGUCACAGCUCCUCCUAGAACCACAGGCCGAGGUGUAUGGUCGCGCCCCUGCUGAAUCAGGCUUGAUGCUGAUAUCCAAAAUCAGGGGCAACCAGAAUUUAGUGUCGCCAGAGGGAAGACUAGAAGGUGCUAGUCUCAGCAUCACACAGGCACACAUCGCCACGUGCCACCGGAUAUUGUUUAUUUUUAAAGCCUGUGAACUUAAAGGCAAGAAAUACUCCGACGAAAUGCACCUGUACUCGGUCAUUUGGACUCCCGAGUCUCUUAAGAUAAAGCUGGAUGAUUGCAACCAUGAAGUAAAACCCCCACAUGGCAGUUUUCUGAAGCAUGGAUACUUCAAAGACAAUUGUGAAAAUAGUCCAUGGGAGAAGGGUACUCAUUUAGUACCUUUUGAUCAAGAGUUUUAUGUCUCAUUCAAACUCAUUCCGGGAGGAUUUGGUUUGCAUCACGACGUAGACAUAACUCCUAACGGUAAACCAAAGAGUGCUAUAUACAGUGAAGGAGAUCCUAAGGCGCCUCUGAGCUUUUGGAGGCACAAGGAAGUAUGGCUCCCGACGUGGACAUCAGAUCUAGAAGUGGAUUCUGUGAAAGUAUGGGCACUGUGAUAUUUAGUUAGAUGUAAUGUAGGUACGAUAAUAUUAUAAGUGAAAUAAAUUUAAGAGCAGAAAUUAAUUUAACUGCAGUUAAAUUAAAUAACUUUAUUUUCGUAAUUGAAUUGUAAUGAGUUUAAAUCUUUGGCGCUCUAGAAAAAUAUUUUUCAAGGCAUUUUCUAAACGAUCACCGACAUUUCCGAAAUAGAGUAUCUGUUAUAUUUUUAGAAAGGCAUUUUCUAUAGUGUACAAUAAUGAUAUUUACCGAAUGCAUUCUAAGAAAACUGAAUGAUUUUUACAAUGCGGUAACGAUGGAAAGUGGUGUGAGAGAGAUAAAAGGAUAGAAAUAAAAAACUAAAAAAGUUCACUUUUAC